GACGUCACAGUGCAGAAGUACUCCAUCAAGCACGCCUCGCACUUCGCCAGAUAGCAGACGGUUGCCGACUCACACAGAGGCAAAGAAUUGAGAACAAUUACCUGUUUGAAACUAGCCCGCGUUCACCGAUUUUCUCUAAUUGAAUAUGGCAGCUUCUGAAUGCACACUGAACCACUGCACAUACGAUGACCUGAAAAAGGCAGCAGAUUCAAUUCUGUCAAAAACUAAGUAUCGACCAAAAAUAGGCAUCAUCUGUGGUUCUGGACUGGGCCACCUGGGAGAGCUGGUAGAAGAUCGUAUAGCCAUUCCUUACAAAGAUAUACCUAUCUUUCCCAUUAGCACAGUGCCUGGGCAUGAAGGAAAACUUAUCAUUGGGACUCUGGAAGGAAAAGCAGUGGUUUUAAUGCAGGGGAGAUCACACACUUAUGAAGGCUACCCUACUCAGAAGAUUGCUGUUCCUGUCAGGACAAUGAAAUUGAUGGGCGUAGAGAUACUGUUUGUGACCAAUGCUGCUGGUGGCAUCAACCCUGGAUAUGCAGUUGGAGACCUCAUGAUCAUUAAAGAUCAUAUUAACAUUGCAGGCUUUGCUGGGAUUAACCCUUUAAUUGGCCCCAAUGAUGACAGGUUUGGUGUAAGGUUUCCACCAAUGUCAAAUGCAUAUGACAUUGAAUUGAGAAAUCUGGCCAAAAAACUUGGAAAGGAAAUGGGGUUUGAAUCAUUUCUUCGUGAAGGUGUUUACAGUAUGCUGGUAGGUCCCAACUUUGAGACUGUCUCAGAAUGUCUUCUUUUACGCAAACUGGGAUCUGAUGCCACAGGAAUGAGCACUGUUCCUGAAGUGCUGACAGCAAAACAUGCAGGCAUGAGAGUGUUUGGGAUGAGCCUCAUUACCAACAAGGUUGUGUCUGAGUAUGAUUCCGAGGUCAUGGCCAGCCAUGAGGAGGUUCUUGAAACUGGUAAAAAACGAAGUGAAGAUUUGCAAGCUCUCGUGUCAGCAAUGGUCAAGAAUCUAAAAGUCUAACAUUUUAUUUGUAUGUAGAUGCACCAUGUGGUUUAAUUGUUCUCCUUUUUUACUCUUUCAUGAAUAUAAAAUAUUUAAAGGAGACUUAAUUUUCAUUAAGUGCUUGAGCUGCUAGAAUAAAUUAGUUGAUUACUUAUCUUUUGUAUAACCAUACCAUGCUAUACCUUUUAGGGCAAGGGAAUAUAACAAAGUACUAGUAUUUUUUUCCGAUAACCUACGAUCUUUAUGAUUUUGUGAUAAUUGAACAUUAUAUAUUCAUUCCAAAAGAUGUUCUUAUCAACUGUUUUUGCUUCUCCAAAAGAUGGAAAUUUAUUUGUAAACUAUAGAAAUUUCAUCAUUGUCAACUAUCACUUGUACUCAUAUUUUUCCACCUAGAGUAGUCUGAUCUUUUCUAACAAUAUUAUUGCUUCCUUGCGAUAGACUGCCAUUCAGUUAUGUAUUCAAAACUUAAUGAAAGCACUUGUUGAGAAAUUGAUUUUUUAAAAAAAAGUGUAUCUAGGAGCAUGAGAGAGAAUGUGUCUUCAUGGGCGAUCAUGCAAUGAUGAAUCCAUGUAUAUAUGCCCUUGACAUUAAUUUGCUUUCAGAUCAGUGCUCAGAUCAUGUCCUCAACCACGGAUAAAAUGUGAUUGUUAGGUCUUAUUUCAUGUUUACUUUUUUUGAUAAUUAUGAAGGUAGCUGCCAUCAGUGUUUGACCAGGGACCAAAUGAUGCAUUUAUGGUGCUUUUACAUAAAGUAUCUUCACUCGCACAGAAAUCAGAACCAUUCAUUUAUGUCUUUGUAGAGAAAUCCAGUCUCAUGUGGGCUGAUGAGGCAUUAUCAUAAUUUUCUUCAGACUGCUGGUACAUUGGAGAAGCACUAUGACCAUCAGCCGUUUGCUUUAUCUUGUAAUUAAGACUGGUGCUUGUGAGGCUUAUAUUUGCGUAAUGCAUUUAUGCAUACGUGACACUUCCAGUUUUAUACUGAAGAGACAUCGUGACUUUUAGUCUGGACUGAAUCUUGUGGCAACGAUGAAGCUUGGUUAUCACCAGACAUCAUAAUUUUAAUAUGCUUUUGCAGAAUUUAAUGCUGCAUUCUAAAGAAAAUUUAGUGAAGGAAAUAUGCAUAAGCAGUCAUGAAUGCACAGCUUUUAAAAGUUUUUUCAAAUCCUUUUGUGUGUUUAAGGCCUGGAAUUCCUUUUUGAAAUGGUCAUUUCUUUUUAAAGAAUUUCUUUUCUAAAAAGAUAGUGCAACAUGUAUACUCCUCAAUAAUGUGUUUGAAUUGGUAAUUUUAAAAUUUUCAAACAUCAAGGAAGACAGAAUAAUUGGAUGCAUAUAUUAUUUGAGGGAGAGGAUUUAUACCUCUUUUUUAUACAGAAUUUUUUUCACAUGGUAAUUAUAAUUCUGUCUUAGUUUCUCUUAAGAGUGCACGCUUAGUAUACAAAUUAUGUGAUAGUCUUUUAUGUAUGUUGUAGGUCUGAGAGAAAUAUAUUUUUCUUUCUCGUUUUAUUUAAUUGGCUCUAUCAUAAUAUGGGUACGUUAUCAAUGUAACAUGGAUAAUGAUUUACAAUACAGCUUCAUUAUUAAACUGCAAGAGCAGUUAUAGGCUGAUUUACAGGUGCUCGUGAGCUAGCAGUAUAUAGCUGACUGCAUAUAUAUACAUCUGUUGACUACAGUGAAUACCAUUCAUUAACGGCAAUAGUCUUUAAUGGUACACUGCAUUAGGUUACCUCUGGCUAACACAGUGGCUAAUGAGGUGGAUCAAAUGUAUGAUUUAUAAUGUAUACUUUAUUACUUUUCUAUGCACUGAGUUGCAAUGAUUAUGAUAUGCAUGUGAUAUUAGUCUUCAGAAGUUGAACAUGAGUGUUUAAAGUUACCAUUUUUCAGAAAAAAUAUUGUUAGAUUUAUCUAAAGCCAGCAAUCCUUCUAUGUGUAUGACAAACACUGUCUCAAUUUAGAAACAGUGAAGUCAAUAUUUGAAAAUAUUUGUGAGAGAGUGUGGACUUAGUCAAAAAGAAUUUAUGUUUUUUGUUUAUCAGAAUCAAACAUAAAGGAAACUUUGCUCAAUAAAUAUGUCAUUGUA